AUGGUGACACGUCGCAUUGUUCGAACCGGGAUUCAGCUAGGCUUACUUGCGUUGAUUAUUCUCCUUCUGCUCUUUAUCUUCGACAACAAGUUAGAGUUUUUGCCCGCUGCAAUCCAUGACCAUCUGCCUGCCCAUCACCCGGGACUUGUUGUUACUGAUGUGACUGUCACGACUUGCUCUUCCAUCAACAUUUUCUCAAGUUGUACGCUCGACCCGGUGGUAUGGCAUCGCAUCGAGAAGGACUUAUACCUGGGGACUGGCUGGACGUCGAGCGCAUAUACGCACAUACAAAGAAAAAAAGAGGAGGAUCUCCUUCCGACAGAUUCGGUUGUUAUUGACCUAAAAAUUGGUAAACUUGAUCCUGGUGCCGGUACGGAUAAGAAGUGGGAAGCAAGGCCGGCGGGUAUUUGGCUCUUGAGAACAGACCGAAGUCAUACAGGGGACCCGCAGAAGGUUAUUACUUCAUUGGAUGUCCUUUUCGGUGCCGAUGCUGCGGAUCCCCGAACGGGCUGGGAAGUGAAAGAUACGCCUCUCUUGCUGGAUACUAAAAGUGAAGCGCGUUUGUCUAUCAGACGAGGUCCACCUGCCAAGCUUGAACGGCCGCCUCCGAGAAUUCGAAAAGAUGGGAGAUUCAAGAUAAUGCAGGCGUCGGACCUGCAUUUGAGUACAGGCCUGGGAAAAUGCCGGGAGCCAAUCCCGCAUUUGAAAGAUGAGAGCAAAUGUGAAGCGGACCCUCGCACCCUGGAAUUCCUUGAAAGAAUGCUCGACGAAGAGAAACCUGACUUGGUCAUUAUAUCCGGUGACCAAGUCAACGGCGAUACUGCACCAGAUGCGGCAACUGCGAUAUUCAAACUCGCUGAUAUUUUUGUUAAGCGUCGUAUUCCGUAUGCCGCUAUCUUCGGAAACCAUGAUGAUGAGGGCAAUCUUGAUCGAUCACAGUCUAUGGCCCUCCUGCAACAAUUACCGUACUCUUUAUCAGAGCCUGGCCCAGUCGAUGUCGAUGGCGUGGGCAACUAUAUUGUCGAAGUUCUUGACCAUACUUCAUCUCACUCCGCGUUAAGCCUUUAUCUCCUCGAUACGCACAGUUACUCUCCGGAUGAGCGCAGAUACCGUGGGUACGAUUGGAUAAAACCUAACCAAAUUGAAUGGUUCAAGUCUAGCUCAGAGAGACUUCAGAAAUCCCACCGCGAAUACCGCUAUAUCCAUAUGAACUUAGCCUUCAUUCACAUUCCACUUCCAGAAUACAGAGACAGAAACAGCGUCUUCUAUGGUAAUUGGACCGAACCGUCGACAGCUCCAAGAUUUAAUUCGGGCUUUAGAGAUGCCCUCGUUAGCGAGAAUGUUGUCGUUGUAAGUUGUGGCCACGAUCAUGUAAAUGACUACUGUAUGCUAUCACGGAAUGAAUAUUCACAGCCGUCACUGUGGAUGUGCUACGCCGGUGGCGCCGGCUUUGGUGGCUAUGGUGGAUACGGUGGCUACAUCCGACGAGUCCGAUUCUUCGAUAUCAAUAUGAACUCCGCGAGAAUAAUGACCUAUAAGCGGCUUGAGUAUGGCGACACGGCAUCAAAAAUCAAUGAGAUGAUGAUUGUGGACGGUGGUAAAGUGGUCCAGUCCGAUUAGAUACUGACUUUUCAUCACCUUCUUUAUUCGUUUUAUUAUGUUUCACAUUAUAAUUGACAAAAUAAAAAAAGGCGCGGCAUGUGUAAAAAAACCGGAGGCGUUGGGAUUUUGAGGUUUCCUACGGACAGGUCUUUCAUUUUCAUUUUCUUUUCAUUUUCUUUUUGUUCUUUUUUUUAUUUCUUUAACACAAUUUGUUGUGUUCGUUUCUGCUGGGAGAUAAUAAUACGCUUGUGUAUCCUGUCCUAUCCAUGUGUCUAUAUCC